UUGGAAUGUGCAUGAUGUCAACAAAAAGCGGAUUUUCCGUGUUCCCAAAUAAGAGCCCUCACUGGGCACGUUAUGGAGCCGUUAUACCGGUUGAGUCAUGGUGUUGCCAUGCUCGCUAAGGUCAUGCCCACUGGAGCGAAGAGGUGCUGAUCUCCAGAUUGCCAAGGCGGUGCCAAGACACAGACUUUUCCCCUUGCCCCCCCAAACCCAACCCUGUGACACCCCACAUGCCCCACACCCCUGCGUCGACCCUGGUCGGUCCUCGUGAUGGAGCUAACUAACCCCACCUCCACCCUGUACGCUGCGGUCGUAAAGAUGUUGGGGUAUAAAUUGAGGUGGAUGAUAGGAAUCAGAAAACUCUGAGAACUAGAUCUAGAACUAUAACACGAGAACUAGAACAUGAAGAACAUGGUGAUGAUGGACUCCAUUGUUGGGAGAAACUGGCCACUGACCUUCCUGGCUGGGACACUGCUCUGGACCACCUGCCUUGCGGCUCCUAUGCAGUGCCACUUCAACUCCAAAGCGCUGUGUGUGUACGAGGGGAGACACUACUCUCUAGGGGAGUCCUGGAUGGAGGACGGCUGUCUGCAGUGUACCUGUUUGCACCCUGUCGGCGUCGGCUGCUGCGAGACGGUGCAUCACCCGGUGGACUUCCCAGGGUGGUGCGAGGUUCGGGUGGACACUCUGACCUGUAAGAUGACCCUCGUUCAGAGCGCUGACCCCCGGCUGCCCUGCAGACCUGGGAAUGGAAACAACCUAGACCCCAGCCACGGCUCACUGGAACACUACUUGCAGCUAGCGGAGUAGACGGGGAUAGAAUCACAGUCGGACAGUGGAGGCUGGUGGAGGGAGAAAUCGAAGAACGAGCUCAUUUAAUUCCAGCCAUUACAUUUAAAGUGGCACAAGCCUCCACUGAAGUCGAACGAUCACCUCCCUCCACCCGUCUGUCUGUGUACUUCAAACGCUCCAUUCUCACAUGUUGCAGACCCGUAAUUUGUUAACAUUUAAACCUCAUGAAUAUUACAAUAUACUGUACCAUAAGCAGAAAAUUAUACUCCGUUGGAAUGCAGAGGUGAGCCCACAUAAUGUAAUCCCACAUUUAUGGCACCCUGUAAUGCUCUACUGUAAAUAUCAACUCUUAUAGUAAUAUAUAACAAUUCUUGUCGUAUUUGUUCUGUAUUGCAGUUAUAUUCAGUUA